AUGAAUGUAUCAGGCCAGAGCAGAGCAGAGUUCGGUUUGGGUAAAUGUAUCAAGCCAGAGAGCGGUGCUGUGUUACUCCUCCUUACAGGUUCAUCCAGUCCAGAGCACCAGAUUGAUAUAUCGGAACCAGGACUAAGAAGAUUUUCACCACUUGACACAGUCACAAAGGCAAUCUCCUCAGCUUGGGAAUGGCUCCUUGCUCUAAGGAAGGAACAGUCAGCCAACCGUGGAAGCUACCAAUCAUCUAUCUGUGAUGGCACUUCUCGGACCAGAGUAACAACCUUAUCACUUCUCGCAAAUAUGUGGAACCCUUUGUUUUUUCUCCGAUCAUGGCAGCCCUCUCUCACGAUAAGGAAGGGCAGAGGUAUCGUCAAUCUCUAUCUCCAGUCUGAUCCGAGCUACAAUAUGUUUGCUGAUGCAAUUGCUAAGAGCUCCGUGUUUGAGUUCACCUACUCUGCUCCAAGUGUGUAA